AUGACCGAGCCCUCACCUGCAUUUCGUGCUAAUGCUGGAGGGAGUGUGUGUGUGUGUGUUGUUUUUUCAGCUCGGCAGGGCGUGGGCCAGUGGAGAAGUCCCACAGGAAAUGGAAGGGCUUAUGGUCUGAAAACAACUGCUUGCCGGGUAAAAAUGGCUGAAUCGUGGCCGCAUUUCCCAUCUCAAGACGUGUUAUCCUCGACACAGGCAGUGAUCAAACGAAUGGGAGGGCCCAACACGGUGGACCAGUACUUGGGCCCGGACAUAGGAUUCAGGAGUUAUGGUGGAGCUGAAGUUGCGAAGCAUUCUGGAAAGCAGGCCUGCUACCAAACCAACCCAAAAUUUGUAUUUUGCUCGAGAAAGUUCCCUGAACACCACAGCAAGUUGCAGCUUGAAUGGUAUCAUAGUUCCAUGGAUGGCUGUGACAGGUGGAUAAGUUUGCAUUGGACACUAUGGACGAUAGUGCUAAGGUUCAUUGCAGAGCUUGGAGCCAUGGAUUCAGCUGCUUCUGGACUUCAUGGCGUUCCGAGAACAAUAUCUGCGGCUCAUAUUGGAUCUAAGCAGUACCGUGAUUACCUUGCUGGGAUCCAUUUCGAUAAGCAUGCUAUUGCAUUAGACGAGUCUUUGCUUAUCUGGUCAGAAGGAAGGUGGCGAACUACGAAGGAAUGCUGA